CGACUUUUGUAGAGGUGGAAAAACAUCGAAGUCCCCGACAAGCAUCGAUAUUUUGACAUCGAUGUUGGCAUCGAUGUUUCUCCACCACUAAUCUCUACUUCCCGCAACAAAAACAACACUUUCAGAACAACAACAGAUUAUUAGCGGGCUACCAAAUAAUAAUAGCAACAGUUCCAAUGCGCCCAACGUACGGUAAAAAGCAUUCCAAGGAGACCACCUAGAAAGAGAUAGAAAAACGGUGAAGGUCGCUGCAGAAUGAGAAAGAGCGAAAGAGAGGGAGAUAAUUGAUUCGCAGCCAGCAACUGAUAUAAUCAAUCUUUGAUUGCUACAUAAAUCUUGACGGCGAAGCAAAACAAAUCGAGAUCCGAACCGGAUUAACUGGCAUCUGGAAUACCUCCCGCGGAACAGUAUAUCUCCCAUUUCGAAGAUAUGGCCUUGAAUCUGAAGGCCCUUCUGGGCAUGUUGUUCGUGUUCAUCGGUUGCUGCAGCAACGUGGUGUUCCUGGAGCUGAUAAUCCAAAUCGAUCCGGGUGCGGGCAACCUGAUCACCUUCGCCCAGUUCUUGUUCAUCGCACUGGAGGGUCUGGUCUUCACCUCCAAGUUCUUUACGGUGCGUCCGAAGAUUGCCCUGAAGGACUACGUCAUAUUGGUGGCCCUGUUCUUUGGAGCGAAUGUGUGCAACAACUAUGCGUUCAACUUCAACAUACCCAUGCCGCUGCACAUGAUCUUCCGCAGCGGAUCACUGAUGGCCAACAUGAUCAUGGGCAUUGUGCUGCUAAAGAAGCGCUACAACCUGCGCCAGUACAGCUCGGUGGCCAUGAUCACGGCGGGCAUUAUCCUGUGCACGCUGGUGUCCAGCGGCGAUGUCAAGGAUAACACACACCACAGCCUCAAGGUGGACACCUCCUACUCGGACUUCUUCUGGUGGUCGGUGGGCAUUGGUUUGCUGACGAUCGCCCUGCUGGUCACAGCCUAUAUGGGCAUCUAUCAGGAGGUGAUCUACAAGAGGUACGGCAAACAUCCCAGCGAGGCUUUGUUCUUCACGCACAUGUUGCCCCUGCCGGGAUUCCUGAUUAUGGCGGGCAACAUAGUGCAGCACUUUGGCAUUGCGUGGUCGUCGGAACCAGUGGCGGUGCCACUACUUGGAGCCAUUGGCCUGGAGUGGAAGUUCCCGCUGAUGCUGUUCUACCUGCUGUGCAACGUGGUCACCCAGUACGUAUGCAUCAGCGCCGUCUAUGUGCUGACCACCGAAUGUGCCUCGCUCACCGUCACCCUGGUGGUCACGCUGCGCAAGUUCGUCUCGCUGCUGUUCUCCAUCAUCUACUUCCGCAAUCCCUUCACGCUCAACCAUUGGCUGGGCACCAUCCUGGUCUUUUUCGGCACCAUACUGUUCGCCAAUGUGAUCAACCAGGUGAGGGACGCCUAUCGGGCCAGGCGGAGCGGGAAGGGCCGCUUCGACACCGCUCCGGUGGCCAAGAAAGUGGAGUAAUCUGUAAUCCCCAUCUCCGAUGGCUGUGUUGGAUCAUCCUGCUGCAGAGGCCAUUAACCAUUAGUUCGUAGUCCUAGCGCCUUGUUUGUAAAUAAAAUACAAUUAAAUUCGGAAUACGCUUACUGUUA